UUUAGCGCGUCUUCCGUUUUCCGGUCUCCCCGAACAGCAUGGCCAACUUCGAGCACGCUGAAGACGACCCAAAACACGCGAACAUGUCCGCCGUAACACCCGCCGCCGAAGCCGGAGCCCGACCGACCGAAACGUCCUUGGCACCGGGCGCCUUCGCCUCCUGCAUCCCGUCGUUCGAGGCCGCCUCCGAGCUGAUGUCGGCGCCGUACUCGUGCCUGGUCAUGAGCGCGCACCGGAGACACGUCGCCCUGCCGCCGGUGUACCUGAACAAGAAGAGGACCGGCAUACAGGAGGAGCUGGAAGCCGAGCUGCUCAAGUUCUCCCAAAGUCUACAAGGAGUUCCCGUGGCCUAUGAAAACAUCAGGAUAGUGGGUCACCAUGGAAACAUCUACGAUGACAGCGGCUACAUCCACAUGGACAUAGAGGCCAACUUCAUCACCUUUGAGCCCCUGAAUGGACAGAAACUGGUGGGCAGAGUGAAUAAACUGGGGGUCGGCCACGUGGGCUGCCUGGUGCACGGCUGCUUCAACGCCAGCAUCCCCAGGCCCAACCUGGUUUCCGUGCCGACAUGGCGGGACGCGGGGCCGAGGAUCGGAUCGGAGAUGGAGUUUGAGGUGACCGCUCUUGACGCCGACACUGCGGGGGUGCUGCUGAUCAGAGGGCGGAUGGAGAGGACCAGGGUGCAGGAGCUGCUGGCUAUGAGCGAGGCCUCGGGGACGGGCGUCCCUGAAGACCGGCCAGAAUCCACCGAGGAGUCUUCCAAAAACACCCCCAAAAAGAAGAGAACCAUCCUCAAAGACAGUGUGACGAGUCCAUCCUCUUGCCAAGUUGAUGGCAGCACGUCACCGCAGCUGAACGGAACAAACACGGCAGAGAAUGGCGAUGAAGCUGGUGAGAAAAAGAAGAAGAAAAAGAAGAAGCAAAAACACAUGAAAGAAGAGGAGGAGGAGGUUGAACUCUCUACUAUGGCGGUUCCCGGCAGUGACUCCAGCGGUUACCUCAGUGACAAGCCAAGCAAAAAGAGAAGACGUGAAACUCCUUUAGAUGUCACAUCUAGUUUAAAUGCCGCUCCGGAACCACCGAAGUCCAAAAAGAAGAGGAAAAGUGACUUGAAGUAGGAAGAAGAAAAAAGGAUCUUCUGUUUGGAAAAAGAUUCAAUUAUGUGUGUGUGAGACACCAUUGAAAUGACAACGGUGGCUCUGGAGGAAAAUACAGGCGUGACAUAACAACUAAACGCCUUUUUUUUGGCGAGCAGGAGCUUCUGAGCUCCCCUGAAAUCACUUGAUCGGAGGUUCAGGCUUGCAGAAGAAUGUUGUGGAAAAUCACAUGACAUGAUGGAAGCGGACUUGACCCACUAGUCGUUGUUGGAUUGCAGCUCUCUUUUGCCGCCUGUGGGGGGAGCAAAACGUCUUCACAGCCAUUAAAACACCAAUGAAACCAUGUGAACCUCCAUAUUUUUAAACAACGUGUUGAGAGUAGAGGGGCUGGUGUAGUGCAUUGAUUUUAGAGCCACAUGUUGAUAUUACUUCUCUGUAUCCACUCUUCUGAAAAGAUUGUCCUGAAAAGGACAGGUUGAUUUUUUAGAUCUUUCUUUAGUGUUGCGUUGUUUCUUUUCACAUGAAUGUGAACUUUGAAAACCAACAGAAAUGGACAUUAAAUCAUCCCAAUUAACAUGCUCAUUCUUUAAACUGUUCACCCUGCUUCCAUUCAGAGGUAUUUCUAAAGACCAAUAAUUUGUUUAUUCAAAAUAACUGAAGAAGAGGUGGGUCUGCAAAAGUCUCCAGCAUACAACUCUGCAAUGCAUCUGUUAGAAGAAAUUCUCCCUGUAAGGUUUUUAAUGCAAAGAUUUCCUGUUCUUUGUCACAUAUUCCCUCCCACAACAAACUCUUUCAUGCUGACCAGUUGGUGUCAGCUGAUAAAGCCCUGAGAGACUGCC